CUCUUGGUUACCGGAAGAAAACUUCUUGAGCUUAAACCUUAGGCUCUCUGAAUUCCUUCAUCUAUUCUUCCUUCUCAUUAAACAACUCUCAUUCAUAAAAGUACAAACAUUUACUUCUCCAAUCCAACCCUUAAUUACAUAAAUAAAGUGCUAUUUGAGGGGACACAAUAAUAAUCAUUAUAUCUUCUUCAUCCAAAAACAAAAACAACCAUCAUUGAAAUUCAUCAUCACUCACUCUCUAUCAUGUCUGUUGACCUACACACUAGGGGUAGGGGAAACUCAUCACUUCCUCAUGAUUCAUUAUCAACGGACCUUACUCACUCCAACAACUUCAACGGCUCAGAUUCAAAUCCACAACUUCUGAUUUCUCGUGAUUUUCGAUCCCAUACAUGUUCAACUCCACUCCCUCAUUCCACGGAGGCACACUCACCACCACAUCACAACUACAACAACCACGACGAUCUCUUUGCUCAGUUCACCCGCCAUAUUCAAAUGCCUCUACACCACCACCAAUUUGAUUCCUCAUGCAUUGCUUCCGAUGAUUCGGAUUCGAUGAAUCCACGGGACUCAAUUAGUUCUUGGUCUCAAUCCUCUCUCUGGUCACCUUUGUGUUCAAAUCAAGGAAGCUCUGAAGGAUCGUUGUCUCCUAAGGAAUCAUCUGGUUUUGAGAGUACCUACGAUGUGGUUGGGAUGUUUGAGAACAUGAAAUUGGACCACCAUCUUGGUGUCUGUUCAUCACACCAAUCUCUCAUUCAACAACAAAUUCAAGCUAAUCAAUUAUCUCUCGUGAAGCAAGAACAGGUUAUGUCAUUAAAACAAAAACUCCCAGCUUACAGAGAAAAUCACAUUAACGGGCAAUUUCAGAAGAAAGUUAAAGAAGUUCCAAUCGUGGCUCCUCCGCAUGAGAAGCAGCAGAUUUUCCGGGGAAAUACAGGCUCAAGAGGCACGUCUUGUGGGACCGGUGUUUUCUUGCCACGUGGCGGAAUUAGUAUUAUGCCUGAUUCUCAUAGUAGGAGACAAGGACAAGGAGGUAAAGGUUGCUCCACUGUUCUUAUACCCGAGAGAGUAGUACAAGCUUUGCAACUCCACUUUGAUCAAAUAGCUGCCACGUCUGGACCCAAACCUCGUGGCUUCCCUCCCCUACAUGAUGUAUUAGUGAGUAACAGAAAUGGCAUGUAUUCCCUACAGAAGCGCCAAUCACGGAAGAAACCAACACACGUUCAGAAUGAGAUGAUUCUUCCUCGUGAGUGGACCUAUUGAAGCAGCAGUUCAGAAUCAGAUUGUACUAGAGUCCAUUUUGUAGCUACUUUUUGUUAGUUUUCUCAUCAUAUAUCCCAAUUCAUGUUACUAAUGCUGUCUUGGUGGUUUCUGCCAAUUAAAGCAGAAUAAACAAAUAAAGAAAAGCUAGUUCAACAUUAAUAAAUUAAAUCCCUAGAUCUUACUUCAGAUUCAUUGGGAUUAUUAUAUAGGGAAUUCUCUUUUGGAUGUAGUAUUGUAUCAUGAGUAGAAAGCAAAAACUUUGGAUUAAGAAUAUAUGUCUUCCUUUGUAUA